UUUGGUUAUGUUAGAUGGGCAGCUGAUAUUUAUUCAAUCUCUUGUGGUUACUUUUUAUGGGAUACAAUUAUAGCUAUUUAUUUCUAUAAAUAUCAGGGCAUAAGUAUGGUAUUCCAUGGAAUUGCUUCACUUUCUGUGUUUUUAUUUUCAUUUCGACCUUUUGUAAACUACUAUGGAGCUAUUUUUCUUAUGUAUGAAUUAAGUACAAUCUUCCUUAAUUUUCAUUGGUUUAUGGUAUGUAUGGAAAAUAAUAUUACUAGACGUUAUUUAUUUAUUCAAAAAAAAAAAAAAAAAAAAAAAAAAAAAAAAAAAAAAAAAAAAAAAAAACUAGGACAAAUUGCGUUGGACUGGUUCUAGAAUUCAAUUAAUCAACGGUAUCAUUCUUCUGUUGACAUUCUUUGGUGCACGUAUUGUAUUUGGAACUAUUAUGUCGUAUAAGAUGUGGUGUAAGUGUAUAUACUUGUAACAA